AUGAAAACCCUCAGCAUUACCAGUAACUCCAGCACCAUCACUGGCUUCAUACUCCUGGGAUUCCCCUGCUCCAGGGAAGGGCAGAUCCUCCUCUUUGUGCUCUUCUUCAUUGUCUACCUCCUCACUCUUAUGGGCAAUGCUUCCAUCAUCUGUGCUGUGCGCUGGAAUCAGAAACUGCACACCCCCAUGUACCUCCUACUGGCCAACUUCUCCUUCCUGGAGAUCUGGUAUGUCACCUCCACAGUUCCCAACAUGUUGGCCAACUUCCUCUCUGACACCAAGAUCAUCUCCUUCUCUGGGUGCUUCCUGCAGUUCUAUUUCUUCUUCUCCUUGGGGUCUACAGAAUGUUUCUUCCUGGCAGUCAUGGCCUUUGAUCGCUACCUUGCCAUCUGCAGACCUCUACACUAUCCUGCUCUUAUGACUGGGCGCCUCUGUAACAUCCUUGUGAUCAGUUGCUGGGUGCUUGGUUUCCUCUGGUUCCCCGUCCCCAUCAUCAUCAUCUCCCAGAUGUCCUUCUGUGGAUCCAGGAUUAUAGACCAUUUCCUAUGUGACCCAGGCCCUCUGUUAGCACUGACUUGCAAAAAAGUUCCACUAAUAGAGAUGAUCUUGUCCAUCUUAAGUCCUCUGCCUCUCAUUAUUCCUUUUCUCUUUAUCAUGGGGUCAUAUGCUCUGGUCCUAGUAGCUGUAUUGAAGGUUCCUUCAGCCUCUGGGAAAAGGAAAGCUUUCUCGACCUGUGGGUCUCAUUUGGCUGUGGUUGCAUUAUUCUACGGCUCAGUACUUGUCAUGUAUGGGAGCCCAACAUCUGAGCAUGAAGCGGGGAUGCAGAAGCUUGUGACUCUGUUUUAUUCCGUCUUGACCCCUCUUCUUAAUCCUGUGAUAUACAGUCUUAGGAACAAACAUAUGAAGACAGCCCUGAAAGCAAUUCUGGGGGAGAUUAAAAAUUGGUUGUCAAAAAAGAUCUUGGGCAAUUAA